CACAGGAAGGAUUUAAAAUGGAGCCAAUCCAGUGGCUGUGUGAGCAGCAUCCAUUUCUGACGUACCAAUGUUUUUCCAUUCCCUUUGCUUUACUAUUCUACGUCUUGGCUAAACAGGGAUGUCUCUCUUUGACAUACAGGUACCUCUUCUUGGCAUCCGGAGGCUGUAUCCUAGCGAUUGUCACCAUGGGUGUAUACAGCUUGCUUCUGCUCAUCUCCACUGUGAUCUUUGUGCUGCUGGUGUGUUCACUGAGCCCAGAGCGUGUCCAUCCAUGGGUCUUUGGACUGCAGAUGGGUUGGCAAACAUUCUGGCACCUGCUCAUACAGUACAGAGAAUACUACCUCAAUGAGCCCACUGAUUCCAGGCUUCUCCUAUCAAUGUCCUCCUUGAUGCUACUCACCCAGAGAGUCACCUCCGUGUCAAUGGAUCUACAGGACGGGGGCAGGGUGACAUUAAUGACCCAAUGCCGGGUCUUUCUCCCACUCAUCAGCUAUGCACUAAACUUCACUGCCUUGCUCGGCGGACCCCUGUCCUCGUUUGACCAAUUUGUAGAUUUUGUAGAGCAGAUUACCAUCAGCCCUCCUCCCCAGCCUCUGUCCGUUAUAUCCUACAAGGGCUUUCAGGUGUUAUCUCUGGAGUGGGCUAGGAACUAUCUCACUCGUCUCCUCAGAGACAACGCCUCCAGUUUGUCCGUCUCCAACGUCCUCACCGAUGUCUUGUGGAUAUGGGGCCUUGCUGUGGUGUUGAGGAUCAGAUACUACUCCCACUGGAAGAUCAGUGAAUGUCUGAAUAAUGCUGCUGGGCUUGGGUUCAGGGGGAUGGUCAGGGAGGACAGCCCAAACUGGAGUGGCCUGUCUGACGGAGAUCUUUGGACCACAGAGAUGUCCUGCCAGGUGUCUGAAUUUGCCCGUCGGUGGAAUGGUACGACAGCUACAUGGCUACGUAGGCUGGUUUUCCAAAGAUGCAAAACCACUCCGCUGGUAAUGACGUUUGGGUUUUCCAUCUGGUGGCAUGGCAUACACCUGGGUCAGUUUGUAGGGUUUCUUCUCUGGGCUGCAGCUGUGAGAGCAGACUACCAGAUGCACAAGUACUUGAAGCCAAAGCUCACGUCUACUAGGAGGAGAUUGGUGCGCACCUGUCUGUGUUGGUUAAAUACUCAAAUGGUAAUGGCGUGUGUUGUUAUUGCAAUCGAGCUUCGAAGCACUUCCUCUUUGAAAAUAUUGGGUCUGACAUACACUGGUGUUUUUCCUCUUCUUAAUGUUCUCUUUAUCUUCAUUGUAUGAUAAGAUCAAGAACAAUCAUUUCAUCUGGGUUGUUAAAUGUUGCUGUAAAAUCAAUUAGUUGACGUUAUUCAUAGUCAUUGACACAAAAAGCACACUUCUAUUCUUGCUUGUUUUGGAGGACUGAAGGGGAAGGUAUUGUGUUCUGAGAGAGUGCAACCAUCUGAUUAUUUUGG